GGAGGUGUGAGGUCGUGUGUGUUUAUUUGCGUGUCCAACGUUUGUGUUCAAUGUUUUUCUUCAUAAAAGUAGUUUUCGUAUGAAUAGACAACAACAGUUUGUUUGAAAAGUGAUUUCUUAUUAGACUGAAGACUGUGUAUGUGAUAGAAAAUAAAUACACAUUUGCGCAAUCGUUGUGAGACUUGAUGUCAAUAAACUUGUCGGUGGUAUUUUAUGAGAAAGGUGUGCCGCGUCGUGUCGGUACCUGUACACGGCGAACUGGUAUUUGCCUGGAUGAUGGCUGCCAGGGUGUACCUGGUGCCUGAAUCUGGAGCCGUGAUGUUGUAAGGAGUGAGGCAAGACAAGAUGCAAGUUUCAUCUGAUUGCAUCCCUCGACAUACACUUUUAAUUACAAAAAAGGAAAAAUUUACGAGGUAUUGCAUGGAAAUAGAAAAUCCGAACAAAAUAUGUAAAAUCGACGUCGACACCUCAAGACUGAUAUUCGAUGCCUUAAACAUGAGCAGCGACACAAGAUGAAGAUGUAACCAAUAUUUUAACAUGAUGUGGAAGAAAGAAAAUAGUUUUUGAAAAAUUUUGAAAGUUAUUUUUGGAUAAUUUAUAGACCAAUGUGUAUGGUGCUUUAUAGUUAGGGAGGUGGAAAGGUCGAUAGUCGAAUAUCGGCAAAUUUGUGGUAAUGUGUAUUCGUGGCAUCAGACGAUAGAUACCGUAAUGUCGAGUGAGCCAGACGCGGUGAAGGUGGAAGGAGUCCACGUUUCAGUAACCGCGAUCAAUAUGACGGGACCGGAGACAAGCAAUGUUCAAUUCUCGUACAGUUCGAGCGGUGUCCGCAUCUGUGUUCCUUCAAACCCUCAUGAUGAAGACUCCACUGAUGCAGAAAUUUCCAAGAUAGAUUUCAACCAACAUCAACAUGAGGUGAAUAUGCGCAAUAAAAAGAAGCGAUCAUCGAGUGGUACCCGAUGUGACAGUCAAAGCAACGACAGAGAGCGCCCAAUGUCCUGGGAGGGGGAGUUAUCGGAUUCUGAGAUGGUCAUCGAUACUAGUGUCAAUAACGAUGAGAACAGUAGCUCGCUAGACCUCCAAUCGUCCCGAGACUCCAUCGACACGCUGCGCAAUGUGACCAUCAAGACGGAACCUCUUAAAACGGAGCCUUUCCAAUGCGUGGACGACCAGAGGGUACUGGACCUGAAGUACACAGCGCCGCUUCAGCCGCACCAGAGAAGCCAUAGCAUGAAUAGGAUAUCUGUCCUCACCGACAAUACGCCUCUCUCGCUCGCACGAAGGCCUAUUUCACCGACGAACAGUGCGAAAUCACUGGGCCUCAACGAUCAAAACAUUAUGCCGAUGAUGCCACAGACCUCUUUGGGUGAAGUCCAGAAUUUGACCAUAAAGAAGGAGACGCAACUGUCAGAACUGAAAUGCGAGGCUUCAGUAGGAGUGGAUAAGUUGCUUAAUGCUCUGCACGGCUCGCCGCUGCUGGGCCGGCUGCCCCGCGUCCAGUCCAGCGCUAGCACCGACUCCGCAGUACAUUCUAUGUACACACACAGUGUAUACAGCAGUCCGUCGGCCAGUCCCCGAGCGUCCCGACAUUAUACGCCGUCUCUUUCUCGCAACAACAGCGACGCGUCCUACUCGUCAUGCUAUUCAUAUGGAUCAGAGUUCUCGCCUACGCAUUCUCCAGUGCAGGGCCGCCACCCCCACGUGGCGUACCGCGAAGCCCCGGGCCCGGUGUUCCCCGCGUCCCCGGCGCACGACGAGGACGCUGACACCACCGAUGACAGGUUACAUCAUCACCAGGGCAUCAGCAGACAGCAGCUUAUCAACAGCCCAUGUCCAAUAUGCGGCGACAAGAUAAGCGGCUUCCACUACGGCAUAUACUCGUGCGAGUCCUGCAAGGGUUUCUUCAAGAGGACGGUUCAGAACCGCAAGAACUACUCGUGCUUGCGCGGCGGCAGCUGUCCCGUCACGGUCGCCACGAGGAAGAAGUGUCCCGCUUGCAGGUUCGAGAAGUGUCUCGUUUGUGGGAUGAAACUUGAAGCAAUACGCGAAGACCGCACCAGAGGCGGCCGCUCCACGUACCAGUGCUCGUACUCGCUGUCGGGCGCGGCGUCCACCGGCUCGCUGCUGCCGGCGCACGCGCCUAACACGCUGCGGCACGCGUCCUCGCUCACCUGUGUAAAUGGUCCAGGGUCAUAUAACAACAGCAGAGGAGAGUCGAGCAACAGUCGGCUAACACCAGACAUUCCGCCAUUAUUACGGGAAAUAAUGGAAGUAGAACACCUGUGGCAGUACAACGAGUCUGAACUGAACCGACUCGGCAAAUCCACUGGCAGUCCUUCCGCCAAUCCGUUGUUGGCCGCGAGCGGGAUCACAGCGCAGAACUCAAGCCCUGACUUCCUGGCAGACCUGUGCAAUAUAGCCGAUCAUAGGCUGUACAAAAUUGUCAAGUGGUGCAAGAGUUUGCCGCUUUUUAAGAAUAUAUCCAUCGACGACCAGAUCUGCCUGCUGAUAAACAGCUGGUGCGAGCUGCUGGUGCUGUCGUGCUGUUACCGCGGCGUCAGCACGCCCGGCGAGGUGCGCGUGGGCGGCGGCCGGGGGAUCACGCUCUCGCAGAGCGCCAAAUUGGGAUUGACGCCUUGUAUAGAGAGAAUGCUGAGCUUCACCGACCACUUGAGAAGACUAAGAGUUGAUCGAUACGAAUACGUCGCCUUGAAGGUCAUCGUACUUCUUACUUCAGAUGCGCCAGAACUACGCGAAGCGGAGAAAGUGCGAGCGUCCCAAGAGAAAGCGUUGGCAGCUUUACAAGCGUACAUCAACGCGCACUCCCCCGAAACUCCCGCCAAGUUCGGGGAGCUUCUGCUGCGGAUACCGGAGCUGCAGCGGACUUGCCAAUUUUUCAUGCAAGUCGGCAAAGAAAUGCUCAACCCAGCAAACAAAGGUAAAGAUGGCGACGGACCUAGCUUUAACCUGCUCAUGGAACUCCUGAGAGGUGACCACUGACCUCGUUGACCUUCAGCCACUCUUGAGGUGACCCUGGGGUAACCUUUAGUCAACCUUGAGGUGACCCUGAGGUAACCUUUAGACAACCUUGAGGUGACCUUUAGCCAUCCUUGACCGGAUGGCUCCUACCAUUGCUCAAGAGAGAAAUUCUAGUUUUCUACGACAUUUAUCCACAAGAUGUAUGAAGCAAGUGACGUUAUAUUUGCUCAAAUAAUUCGAAUCGACUUAUCGUUGAUGUCUUUUGAAACAAGUUCAAGAGACAAAUUUCUUUUCAUAGUCAUAUAUUUUUGAUAACAACUUACAUCUGGACUCAGUCAUGUAAAAUGUACUGAUACCAGUCAUGUAACACUAGCUUGAAAAUGAAUUUAUUUUUCGGCAUGAAGAAAUUAAAAGAAAUAAAUGAAAUUUUCAUCAACUUAUUACCUUAUAAAAACACGUUUAUUAACUGAAUACUGUUAAAGUCAUUGCAUUACUCCAUUACGACUGGUGUGCCAAUUUUAUUUUAUUUUUCAUGAAAUUCAAUGCAUUUAUUGUCAUUUUUUUCACUGUACAGUCACAUUGCAUAUUUUUACUAUACACACAUGUAUUUUUAUCUGCAGGGUAAAUAACAAUAUAAAUAUUUUUGUAUGAAUGAUAGUUAUCGUUUGUGAGUACCUGCACAUUUGGAAACUAUCUCUAGGAGACCGAUUCCUAAAUCACCCUCCUUUGAAAAGUUAGUUACCAAACGUGCUACUCCUUUUAUAUGUAUAGAUUAGCUAGAGUGUGGAAAAAGCCUUACAUUGUAAUAGUUUGUUUUUUAGGUUAUAAAAAAAAGUAAAACAAAAAGUCACGUGAUUCGAAUAAUUCAGUCAAUAGCGUCUUUCCGCUGAUAAAACAGAUUACUUUGAUUGGCGGAAAGGCGGUUCACGUCAAUUUUUUUGUCUACAUUUUUUUUAAUACCAGUAAAUCCAACAUUUCCGUGAUACCUUAUUGCCUCAUUGAUAUAACUGUCACUGCCACUAUGCUUUUAUAAUAUUUUUAUACUCUAUACUUAUACAAAUAAGGCUACGGGAACAACUACAUAAUUCAAUAGACAUAAGUAAGUUAAACUUAACGUAGAGAAAGUAUUGAAAAUUUUAUAAAAUACAGGCGUAUAAAUUUAGCGGUAUAUUUAACUUUUGCUUCAAGUAUACAAAACCCAACCAAAAGUUAUACAAUUAAUAGCGUAUAUUGUGAACUAAUGUGAAUCAAUGUUAUAAUAAUAAUAUGACGCGAAAGUAAAAAAUGGCAAAACCUUAAAUGAAAUGCAAUAGCAUAAAAUUAAGCAAUCAAUUUUUACACACUUAUGUAUAAUCAUUAACGUUCAAAAUAAGAAUACAAUAGUGAUAUAAUCACUUCGCUGUUUACUUGACCUUACCUACUUAAUGUGAAGCAGGAUCAAGUGGUUUUUUUAUGAUGCGCAUUAAAAAAAACUAUCAUCGAUUGGUCCUAAAUAAAUUCAAGCAUUGUUUUCUUAAAGUCCUGUUAUUAUAAUCCAUUGUAUUAUAGAAGAUUACUUGCCUAGAUUUUUGGUACUAAGGGAACAACGACAAAUAAACUGCCAAAACAUUCUAAACUAGUUAGUUGACUUUAGUUACUAAUACUCAAUUGAACCAUUAACUAGGCACGAGAAAAUGAACAAAAAGAAAUCGAACUGACUUUAUAUCACCAUAAAUGGAAUUGGUUAGAUACUUUUUUUGUUUAUUUUUUCGUAACACUCAUUUGUAAUGAAAAUAUAAGACGAGAAUUUAGAUUCAUUUGAAAAUCUUGCCUUCUGCAUUUUAUGUUGACCUGAUUUGGGAACAGAAUUUAGGUCAUAAUAUGUAAUUUAGAAAUUUUCGGACAAAAAAAAUGUAAAUUAUACGAUAAAAGUAACAUCGAUACUGAAUAAGAGACUGUGAGAUAUUUUUCCCUGUUUAAUAUUAAUAUGGUACUCAUCAUCCAAAAACAAAAGUCUGGUUUUACAUUGAAAAAUAGUGGGUACACUAAAUGCUAUUAUAUGUUGUAAAAUAAAAUUAUAUGUAGCCGUCGUUUAUUUUAUUUUGAACUUGUACCUAAAAAAAUUAGGUAUCUGCCAUAAGUAAAAGAAAAUAAUAUUUCCGAAACAAAAAUUCUGAUCUAUUUUUGUAAUAUUAUGCUAAAAGACGAAAUACGUUCUUGCACUACUGUAAUAUUGUGUAAAUAUGACUUAAUUAUUUAGUAAACGCGGCCCUACAUGCGGGGGGGCGCUUGUAAUCAUUGCCAUUUCGAUUAAGUUAAAUAAAUGUGCAGCUUAGUUAAGUAUAGUUGUGUAUCGGAUAAGUUUCUAAGAAACAGGUGACCAGUUUUUAAAGAACUGCAACUAAUUGGCGCGCAAAAUGUUUUUUUUUUAAUUCUAAUUUUUUGUUUUUGACGAAAUUAACAUUUUCGUGCAAUACACACGGCAUUAAAGUAUUAUAAUUCUUAUUUUGAUAUAGACUUGUUUGUCCAACAUUUAUUUAUUGUUUGAAAUAUAUAUUUAUGCACUUUAAAGCAGAAAAAUGCUUAAAAAUAAUAAAAACCAGUCAUUCACUGCCGAUAUAAAUUAAGACAUUGCUAUAAGCAAAGCCGUUUUUGUUGCAAUACUUAUAAUUAAAAUGGUAAUUCUCUUUUAGGUUUAUUUAGGAAAAUAAGUAGAUUAAAAAAAUGAGAUAAACUGCGUAUUCGGAGUUGCCUUAACGUUUAACGUUAGAUUUCUACAAAACUAAAUAUUUAUCUACACUCCAUUACAAUAAUGUAUAUAACAUGGUGUCAACCAUUUCCAUUCAGUUCAGCUGUAUGGAUUAAUGAUGAAUAAAAUAAGAUAUUCUUUUCAAUACUGAUUUCUAAAUUGUAAUUUCAAAUAAAUAUAACGCUAACGUCAAAUAGUCCUUCAUAAAGCGAAGUAGUAGCCACAAACUCAAGAUCCUGAACGUCCACAAACAAGCCAAUAUGAUAGUAUUAUGUGUAAACUAUUUUCAUUAUCAAUACAAGGUAUGUAAUAAAAGGGCACAAGUACUUCAAUAGGUGUAAUGUGUCGGAGCUCAUAUAGAAUGUUAAGAAUUUAAUACUUAAUAUAUUUGUUUUUAAAAAACAACGUGCCACAUGAAGAGAGUCGUGUCAACUUGUUAUGAAGAAAGAAAACAUGUUGUAAAAAACAAUUCAAUCUCUAUUUACUACUAUUAUUGGUUUGUGUGAUAAAAAUCUAUGACAUAAAAGCCGGCUCUUUUACUUAUAUAUUUUUUGUUAUUAUUCUUUACGGAUCGGUACGGUAUUGGACUUAAAUAAGUUACAAAUUUAUCAUUACUUUCCAGUAAUUUCCAUAAAGUAAUAAAAAAGUAUGUUACAGAUUUCGGUAAUUUUAAUACAUUUGUUUAUUUGUAAUACGAUCUUUAAAAUAAGUUGGAGCGACUCUCACUCGAGAUUUAUUUUAUGUGAUUUGUAAUUUCGCAUUCGCAAAAUUUGCCUAUAGACAGCUAGUUUGUAAGCAGUGUAAGCGGCAUCUAUAAAUGUUAGUCUUGUAAACUUUAUUGAACUGAUAAUAUAAGAUGUUAGUCGUAAAGAAUUAUUUUUGUAUUCAUGAGGUAAUGUGUGUGGGCAGAGGGUGGAUGGUCCUGAUAAUUUUUAUAUUAAAAAUUAAAAGGAGCGAAAGAAUGUUGAUGAUAACGUCCAAUAUUUUAAAUAUUAUUUUUACUUUUGUUAUAAUUUUAUAAAUUAGUAUUAUAGUGAAAUUCACUUCUUUAUUUUGUAGAAUUAUGAAAAGAUUUUUUAUAUAUAGAGAAAAAAUAAAUGCAAUUUUGGAAUAAA